AUUUCAGUAACGAAGAUAUGCUAAUAGUUAUCAUGCAGACUACAAUCUCAGAUCUUAUUCAGAUUUCCCCUGAGGAUUUCGACAAGUUCAGCUCUGUUGCCAUUGAGGACAACAUCAACGAAAAAUAUGCAAAUAAAGUCAUCCAAAAGAUUGGGCUCUGCAUUGGUUUCUACGACCUACUAGAGUCCUCGGACGGCUUAAUCGGUCAUGGGACUGGUCUCGUGAAUGUAAAUGUCAAAUUCCGUCUUAUUGUUUUUCGGCCAUUCAGAGGAGAGAUCGUGCUAGGGAAGAUCUCCAGCGCGACGGAACAUGGCAUUAAAAUUGGGGUAGAGUUUUUCAACGAUAUCCUCGUGCCUCCUGACCUCCUCCUGGAUGGUGCUAGAUUUGACUACCAAGAUCAAGUUUGGAUCUGGGAAAACGAAGAAGGGACCUUCUACUUUGACGUUGGCGAAGUUGUCCGCUUCCGCGUUGAGGUUGAAGAAUGGCACGAUCAGAUCCCUAAUGCUCCAGAUCUCGGAGAUGGCCCUGCAGUGGACCGCAAGCCUCCAUAUUCGAUUAUUGCAUCGAUGCAGAUGGCUGGUCUAGGGCCAAUAUCAUGGUGGUAGACCGCAGAUAAAACUGAGAGACGGAAACAGAAACAGAAUUUGUUUUCUUGUUGUGGCGUAUGACCGCAUAAUGACCUGGUUAUUGGAUUCUGAAU